UCAAGGAGAGAUGGACGCAUUAGGACAGAUUACGACAGUGAAAAGAGACGACCUCCAGACACAGUCGAUUACUGAGUAACGAUGCUUGCCAGAAAAGAUUUAACGUACCAGUAAUAUAUAGAAAUGUGAAAAGCUUUCAUUUCAUUUAGAAAGAGCUUGCUAGUAACUAGUCUUGAAGAGAGCAUUCAUCUUGAUUAUUUACACGAGUAUACUAGUAAAACAAACACAUUAUAUCAUGAUGUCUUCGGUGAAAUGAAAUGCACUGUCACGCCACUAAAACACCCUGUUAUGUUGUUUACAGUAAUAUCUUCCUAAAGUAUUUUUUUUUUUUAAUUUAAGUAGUGACUAUUUCUACACAGGAAUUAUUCUUAUUCAGAGCGAUAAAGAUGAUGAUGCUAAAUGAUUAGCUUGUUAGCUAGCUAGCUGACGUUGGCAAGCUAACGCUGAACCAUCUAGAAAAGUCUCCAUGGUAACCUGGCUAGUUUCGUAGCGUUAACUUACACAACAUUAGUCACUCACUAGGUGCCACCGUUUACUUUUUAGCUAACUGUCCAGUGUUUUUCCUUUAGUAUUGUUAUUAUUAGCAUAAAUUUGAACAAACAAGCAGACUUGGCGCUGGUACACGUAGCAUAGCAGCUAACACAGCUCCUUAAGUUCGCCAAGAGCUAGCUAGUGCUUAAGUUUUCGACGAGGCGAGUUAGCUAGCUGUUCACAACAUAUCAAGGAAAUAUAACCCUGACACGUUUAGAUCAUGUCACAGAGACAUUAAGGAGUUUAAUUAAACACUCUGAAAAGAAGAAAGGUCUGUCCCAUGUAGAAUGGAAGCAGGUUUUCGGCAUGAACCUACCAUCCUGAGCCGCCAUGAUGAUUGUGUACAAUAUGAGGAAUGCCUGCUGGGAAAGAAACGCGCUGUCACGGAUUGAACCGGAUAGGCUUCCGUAGUGGGUCUUUUUUGCGAUUCGGAAAAUCUGGAAAAUCGAUUUUGUUUAUUUAUAUAUAUAUAUAUUAUAUAUAUAUAUGUAUAUAUUUUAGUUAUUUUUUUGUACUUCUAGAUGUCGUGGUGUCCGCCAUCAAAGCGUUAAUGGAGUUACUCGAAGAGCUGUUGACAUUGUAUAGUUUAUGAUUUUACGAAAUAAUAGAAAACCUUUACGUGAACGUGCACAGGUUAUGUAAAACAGUUCAGAGCUGAAAGGACUAGGAAAAGUUGUAACUUACAGAACCAUGCACGGUUAUAAUGAGAUAAAUAAUUAGCAGUGUGAUUAAGAGCACACAAGCUGUAAAUACAGUUUUUUUUCUUUUUUAAAUGGUAUGUUUGAUUGUUUUAGUGCUCAAUUUGAUCUUUAAGUAGAGUCACAGCCUAUAGCUGUUAGUUAUAGUUACUAGUUGUUGUUGUUGUUGUUGUUUAUGUCAAACUACAAUCUUAAACCUUCACAUUUUAAUUGGAUCCUGGUGUCAUUUUCAAAAGAGCCUGUGGAGACGGACCUAAGUGAUCACAUGCUGGUCAGAUCUGACAUUCCUGCUGUGGGCACACACCAGAUAUGUGUGUGUGUUGUGUGUUGGGGUUCAUUUAGAUGUUUUCUAGCUAAAACACCACUUUACAACGUGUACCACUGUUAGAGUUUCUUGUUUUCCUGAAAUGGAUCUGAGUUUUUACUAAGAAUGUCCAGAUUGUGCUAAAACUCAAAUUUGCACAACACUGGAGAGAAAGAGAGUGAGUGAGAGAGAGAGAUGGCCGACAUCAGGACAUAUAAUGUGGUGAUUCUGGGAAUAGCUUUUCUACUCCUUUUUACAGCCUUCACAACCUGUGGAAAUAUAGAACAAACUGUGGUGAAAAGUCUGGAUAAUACCACUUUCAGUGGAAGUGGGUAUCACAGCCUUGGCAUAAUAUAUGGAGUUUUUUCGUUUGCUAAUUUAUUUGCCCCCUCUGUGGUAGCAGUAAUCGGACCACAGUUUACCAUGUUCGUCAGUGGAAUUCUUUACAGUGGUUACAUAGCUGUAUUUAUUACUCCAUCAACCUGGUCCUUUUAUUUGACCUCAGUACUGAUUGGGAUGGGAGCAGCCUUGCUUUGGACAGCUCAAGGUCGCUUUCUGGUGGGGAAUUCGGAUGUCUCCACCAUUAACAGGAACACAGCAGUGUUUUGGGCUUUGUUGCAAUGCAGUAUGUUGUUCGGCAAUCUUUAUGUUUAUAUAGACUGGAAAGGAAAAACUGACAUAUCAGAUAGAGACAGAAAGACAAUGUUUAUAGCUCUUCUGGUCACCUCCGUUCUUGGAACGCUAAGUUUCCUCUUUCUGUGCAAGUCGAGUCAGGAUGAGGAAGAAGAUAUUUUGUCUGAAGAGGAAGGCCAGUCCUUGCUGUCGUCCCGACUAACAUUGAAACAGCGAGCCAGCUGUGCUAUAAAAGAGGCCAAAACAGAUUUCAAGACAAUUUUGAACCUUUUUGGCACAAAAACGAUAUUACUGUUAAGCUUCUCCAUGGCUUACAGUGGUCUGGAGCUGUCUUUUUACAGUGGUGUGUAUGGAACUUGCAUUGGAGCGACAACUCGUUUUGGUGACAGCUCCAAAGCCUUGAUAGGAAUUUCAGGCAUUGCGGUGGGAAUUGGAGAGAUAGUUGGUGGAGGGCUGUUUGGCCUUGUGUUGAAGAACAACCACUUCAGACGCACAUCAGUUGUCUUCCUUGGAAUGGUGGUGCAUUUUGUGGCAUUCUACCUGAUCUUUCUAAACAUCCCAAAUGAUGCUCCACUGGUCUUUGAAACCAGCACACAGCACAACCCUUAUCUGUCUCCAAGCGUGCCCAUCGCCAUGCUGUGCAGUUUCCUGCUCGGGCUUGGGGACAGCUGUUUCAACACCCAGCUGUACAGCAUUCUGGGUUGUGUUUACACUGAACAAAGCAUUCCAGCCUUUGCUAUCUUCAAGUUUAUUCAGUCUGUCUUUGCAGCAGUGGCAUUUUUCUACAGUGGCUACCUGCUGCUGAGCUGGCAGCUCCUCACCAUGGUCAUCCUGGGCUUCAUGGGCACACUGUGCUUUUUUCUGGUGGAGCGGAUGCUGAGCGUCUCAGCCGAUCUUUCACAAUACUAACUCUUCUCAUUGCACCAUUGUCCAUUCAGGUUCUGUAUUUGCAAUCAUGCUAAACAUGCACUGUAUUUGCACUCUUUGUCAUGCUCCCACUACUAGCAUUUAGCAAUAAUAUAGUCUUAUGUCUAAUGAGUACUAACACAUUUGUGGUGUUUGACCUUUGCUCACAGUAGUGUUGGUUGAACAUGUCGUAUUGCUAAUUGUUAUGAGAACAACUGACAAUCUUGUAAUUAAUAUUUUAUCGUUUAUUGCAUGUGAUCAUUUAAGCAAAACUUAGCUGUCAUUGGUUCCAGAGGUUUCACGGCAGAUUGGUCUGUUGUUGUUAUUAUUAUUAUUAUUAUUAUUAUUAUUAUUUAAAUACUCAUUGAGAUGCUCUGCUUGAUUAGUCACAAUUCACUUUAUGAUUCAGUUAAAAUAUAUGGUAUUAAGAGAUGUAAACAGUCAUUUUAUUGGUAGGAAAAUUGGUAAAAAAUACACUGCAUGGCUAAAUGUAUGUGGACACCUGACCAUCAAACCCAUAUGUGCUUGUUAAACAUCCCAUUCCAGAUUUAGUCCUCGCUUUAAGUUUAUAAUAAGCUCCAGUCUUCUGGGAAGGCUUUCCAAUAGAUUUUGGAGCUUGUCUAUGGGGAUUUGUGUUCUUUCAGCUACAAGAGCUUUAGUGAGAUUGAGGUCAAGUACUGAUGUUGGAUGAGGAGGCUCCAGUUCCAGCUCAUCCCAAAGGUGUUCAGUUGGGUAGAGGUCAGUUCUUCUACUCCCACCUUAACACACCUCGUCUUCGUGGAUGGGAAAUUGUAAUGCAAUAGCAUGCAAAGACAAUUGUAUGUUUCCAACAUUCUGGCAACAGCUUAGGGAAGUCCCACAUAUGCAUGUGAUAGACAGAUGUCCAUAUACUUUUGGCCAUACAGUGUAUGUUUUCUCCUUACUAUAUGUUUAAUUGGUUUUGAGGUAAAUUACUAAGCUUGCGAGGCAUAAUCAAUAGAGAACCGUUAAGAUCAACAGGAAAUUGCAUUUUACAUUUUGUAACUAUUUGCACAACUUUCAACUUCAUGUGAAAAGUUACACAGGCUGCAGUUAGAGGCCUUGUUAUGACUUCAUUUACAACUUCCUGAGUUCAUUUAUGUGCAACCAAGUUGAAUCCAACCAUAAAACUCCUGCAAAUUUGUACAGACUUCUCAAAGAAAAAGAGUUACAAAAUCAAUAAGGUGUGCAAGAUACUGUCCUAACAUGCACUAAGAACAUGAUGAAUAUUAGUUUCUUACUACAAGUAAGUGUUAUUGGUGUCUCAUUUUCUGGGUUGCUGUUAGUUCAGUAUGAUUCAGACCAGUAGUUACUUCUGCUGUGUACUUGGUAUAGUAUGAUUGAGAUUUUGGUGUUCAUAACCUGUUGGAUGCCUGUCUUUGUCUUCAUUUUUCUUAUUUAUUAAUCACAAUAGGUUUACUUUUAUCUUCUGGUUGUUAAAAAAUAAACAUAUGGAGUAUUGGAUAUUGGGGAGUGGGCCUUAUUAAUAAUGUUAGACACUAAUUUUCUCUUUGUGAAGGAUUCAUUGCAUAGAUUUUUGUGUUUUUGAGUUUGAUGCACAAGGAUGAGCACAUUUUGUUUUCAGAGAGCUGUUCAGAUUUUUUUCUGUAAUUUUUCCAGAAUAUUUUGUCAUACUUGUACAUAUGCUGUGUGUAUGAAUUUGAUGCAUAAGAGAAAUGGUUGUUAUGUUUACAUAUCCAGCCAAUGUUUUACUCUUUACUGAUUUUCAAAAAUUUUUUAAAGACAGCGGUUUUGUUUUGAAGAGUGCCUUAUAAUAUGAGUAUCAGCAAUUGAUAUACAGUGUUGUGAGCUACCAAAUACAAAAAUGUGUAGUAUUGAUGUAUAAUAUUGCCCUGGAUGACUUGGUCACAUGUUUCCAGCUCCAUAUUGCACCAGAAUAUAACAUAAUCCAGUAUUCCAGUGUAUUCAAAUUUUUUAUUCAUUUUAUUUAUUUAAAUUUAUUAUUCAUUUAUUGAUAUGUAGCUUGUUGCCUUUCUUAACAUCAUGUCCAUUUAUAUUGCCACUAUUCUGCAGGAUUGUGACUGAGUGCUGGUGAAGGGCUGAAUGUGUUGUCGGUUUUACAAUGCACAAAUUUCCAUUUUCAGCACUGACUGAAUAACUGCUUUUUAAUAUUACUAGAUGACAAUCAUGCAGUUUGAGGUUUUUGUCUUUUUAUAAGAACAAAUAUACUAUAUAUGAUUAUGACAGUUAUAUAUUUUACUAUUGUCAUAAUGUAAUGUAUUUACAUAUAUUUGUGCUGUCAAGUUGAAUAAAUAAGUACAGGAAAGGCUAUAACCUCAUUAAAGGACAUUUCAUCAUAUCUUGUUCACUCGCAUAUAUCGCUGUAUUUCUAGCCAACGUCAAGUAUCCAGAUAGCUGUAGGGCUGUUUAAUGUUGUGAGAUCCACUAGCAAACGUGGCCAGAGACUGGUGUAAGAAUCAAUUAAAAUCCUCUAAGGAUUAAGAAUGAAAUGUCAUUUCGAAAACAAAAGCAUUAAACCUUGCAGAGUAAAGCUGUUUGAUUGUUUGGCCAUUGUAAAUGUGAUACAGCAAAACAGUCUAUAACAUGAGGCAAAACACAAUCAGGAGUGUUGCAAGUUAGACUCACGAAAGGAGCGGAAACGUUUUACGUCGUGUCGAUCUGAUAAACGUCCUGCAGUCAUUAAUAGAUAAUGGAGUAUUGAUUUCUUUAUAGUCAGGCCAUAAAAGCUGUGUUUCCUUAAUCCAUUCUGCAUUGGAGUGCAGUUAAAGCAUUCACAUUAAAGCAGUUUGGAAGUGCUGCACUAUAAUUUAGAGUAAUUGUUGUAUUUAUGCUUUCAAGUAAUGGAUUCAGAAACAAGUAGAUAGAGUGCAAUAAACAUCUGGUGGCAAAAACAACUGUAGGUCAGUGUGCUAUUUUUAAAACUCACUCAUAAUCCAAAUCAUGCUCCAAAUCAACCAACCAUGCUUAUCCAGCUUCACUGGCUUCCUGUUGCCUAUCGAAUAAAAUUAAAAAUUCUGCUUCUCACAUUUAAGGCCUUACAUAAUCAUGCUCCAACUUACCAGACUAACCUCUUGAAGAACUACACCCUUGCCCGCCUACUGCAAUCCUCCUCAGCAGGUCUACUAGCAAAAUUGGAUAUGAACUUUACCACCAUGGGUGGAAGAGCCUUUAGUCACAUUUCCCCUAAGCUCUGGAAUUCACUUCCCCAUCAAUCCAUUUCAAGAUUCAAAAGUUCUUUAAAAACACAUCUCUUCAGUCUGGCAUAUUCUUUGUGACAUGGUUACAUAAUACUUAAUUAUAAUAUAUGUUUUAGUGUUUUAUGUAAAAUAUUGU